GGGCACAAAGCGACUGCGUUAUCAGGUGUCUAUAAAACUGCGGCGGCGCAGCGCGCACGCGCAUUCGCUCUACUCUUUCGCGCGUUGCACGAUCGAUUUCCCGCCCUUUGUUGUUUUCACCGGCGCGUGAGUUUCCACUACGCGUGUGAGGUACCGCUACCAAAAUGACGUCAAAUGAAUUUAGGCUUGAACGAAAUGUGGAGCUGUCACCUGAAACUAAAGCUAUAGCCGAAAAGGAGCUGAGAGAGACACCAGAAAGAGUAAGAGAGGCUCUUGAAAGACUCAAGGAGUUACUUAAAGAAAACAAAGACAUAUAUUUUGGUGAAGAUGACGAGAUUCUCACCAUAUUUUUGCGUCCCUGCAAAUGGUAUCCUGAGAGCGCAUUGGCACUUAUGCGGCGAGUAGCUGACUUUAAGAAAGAAAAUGCUUGCUUGUUGGACGGUUUACUGCCUGAACAUGAAAUGGAUGCUUUCCUAGACCACAAAGUCGUUAACGUGCUAAAGGGACGUGACCACAAGGGCAGAAGAGUACUUAUCGUUAAUGUUGGAGGCUCGUGGGAUCCAAAGAAAGUGAAUGCUGAUCAGCUAUUUAGGCUAUUCUACUUAAUUCAUGAAGCGGCCAUGUUGGAGCCAGAGUCGCAGGUUCGAGGGACAGUCGUUGUUAUGGACUUCCACAAUAUGGGUUGGAGUCAGACUAUGGGGUUGACGCCAUCUUUCUCUAAGCGUUUGUUAACAUUCAUCCAAGAUGCGAUGCCUUUGCGGCUCAAGGAAGUCCACUUCGUUAAGGAGCCUAUGAUUUUCAAUGUUGUAUGGAAGAUGUUCAAGCCCCUGAUUAGGGAAAAACUAAAGAAUAGGAUAUUCUUCCACGGCUCCAAGAUGUCGUCGCUCCACAAGCACAUGGACGCGUCGCACUUGCCGGCGGACUACGGCGGCGAGCUGCCCGCCAUAGACUACUCCGGGGCCGACUGGUAUCCCGUCAUCAACGACAUCCUGCCCCACAUCCACAACUGGAACUCGUACGGAUAUGUCGAGAACAAGUAACGCUAAUAGCUUCCGGCAGAUAAUUUGAACAUUUAAUAUUGUACAUCGCUGAGCCAAUGGCGUUGUCUAUUUUUUUUCUCGCAACACCAUUGGUGCCUUGUACCGUCUUGUC